GUGUUCUCUUCCUCUGCUAUGGAUUCUCUCCCAUCGGCUCCCCGCCUUGUCUUCCUAUUAAACGCCCCACCUUUCCUUAGAUUACACAUCCCAACCUUCGAAUCAGGUUUUUCCGUUUGCUUCCACCGCUUCUUUCAUUCGAUUUCAUCUACGCAUAUACACGGUGAUCAGGUGGUAGCAACAGGUAGCUUUCAAUUCCUUCGUCAACAGAGAACGAAAUUGGAGAAGACCGACUUUUUUUUCUUAACCUACAACUAAUUUUCUACUUUUUGAGAGGAAUGUCGAAUUCGGAGGGUUCAUUUACUGCAACACCCAUCUCCUACUCUAAUAUUGGCUUCCAGGGUCCAUUGUCAUCAUCUUUUCCAGUUGAUGCUUCACUACGGUUCGCCAAUACAAUGCCUUCAUUGGUGGUAUGGCAACAACUCAAAUUAUCAUAUGCGGUGUUUUUUUGGUAAUUUUUGGAAUUGUUGUUGCGGUGAGACUGAAGGAAAGAAGAAAAAUAAGAAGUGAGGGUUCCAGUUCCACACAAGGAUCAUUUUUGUCUGAGCAUAACAAUGAGGAGAUGGAAGCAAUAACAUUCCUUUGAUUCAGACUUCCUUUCAGCUUACAAAAAAAGUAUGGAGUUUCUGCUUCUUUUCGAAGACAUGGACUUAUGUUGUGAAACAAUUUCCACUUAUGGAUUGUUCUUCUACAUCAUAUUACCAUACAUGUCAAUGAUUUGGAUGCUAAGGGUGUUGAAUUUGUUUUCAUCCAUCAUAAAUAUCAGACAACCAAGUGAAAGUUCAUCAUAUACCAGUGUGUGCACUAAAAGAGAACUGCAAAAAAAAUCCAAGGAUGUGAGUGGAAAUUUUGUUGUAAUGACAAAUCAGGAAAGAUGAACACUUGAAGAUAACUUCUUUGAAUAUAAUCCCAAGACAACAGUGACAAAAACAACAUAUUAUAACCAUGCGGUCCAGGUUGUGCCAUUUUUGUUGAGCAUCUAUGCUUGUUUGUGUAUUUGUAACGAAUAUUCAAUUUUGAUGAUUAGGGAACCAUGUAAAAGGAUUUUCAAUUAUGUAAUAUAUCUAUAAAAAUCUAUGUAACUAUUUCAAAUUUAUUGCAUUUUUAUAUAUUUCGAUGAAUAUUAUA